ACUUAAAAAGAAGACGGAGCGAGAGGGGGAGGGCAGAUCUAGUGUGGAAGCGGGAUGCACCAUAAAAACAGCCCCUCCCAAUUAAAACCGAGGACUUUUAUUAUUGAGCAGGAGCUAAGCCAAUGAUCUUGAGCUUGCAGAAGUGGGGAAUACAACAGCAGAACAGCAGAGGGGCUAGUGGGAAAGAAAAACUGCAGUAUAUAUAUAUAUAUAUAUAUAUAUAUAUAUUUUUUUACUGAUCUAAUCAAUUUAACACCUCAGUUUCAGGGAACGAGCUUGUUGAGUGAGAGUGUGUUAAGGGUGAGAGCAUAACUACAGGAUUGACUGGCUUGUAGGGCAGAAUUAUUUUUCUUUAGCGCAGCAAAAAAAAAGUAUUUUGAAGCAUCCAGACGAUAUUCUUUUUCUUUCUUCAAGACUCAAAGUGUCCUGAAGAGACAGAAGAAGUUUCUCCCUUCUUUGAACAAGGGAAGCCCCCACUUGCUUAGUUCAGAAUGACUUUGGGCUGGUUCAAGAAGAAGCCUGAGCCCAUAGUGGCCCCCAAACCAAACAACACAGUGACCAUGCCUCCUCCGGUCAUGUCUACUGUGGCUGACAACUCGACUGAGGUGGAAGGACCUAAAGGUAACAAGAAAGACAUCUUCGAGGAUAUCAGGAACAAGUUCAUCAACGAGAUCGACAAGAUUCCUUUGCCACCCUGGGCUAUCAUCGCCAUUGCCGUGGUUGCUGGCCUUCUGCUCCUCACCUGCUGCUUCUGCAUCUGCAAGAAGUGCUGCUGCAAGAAGAAGAAGAACAAAAAAAAUAAGAAGGACAAAGGUGCCCUCAACAUGAAGAACAUGAAAGGCGGGGAUCAGAACAAACAGGACGAUGACGAUGACGAUGCAGAGACGGGACUGACUGAAGAGGACGAGAAGGAGGAGGAGAAAGAACCAGAGAAGCUGGGCAAGCUGCAGUUCUCACUCGAUUACGACUUUCAGGACAGCAAGCUGAACGUCGGGAUUAUCCAGGCAGCUGACCUCAUCUCCAUGGACACAGGUGGCACUUCUGAUCCCUACGUGAAGGUCUUCAUCCUGCCAGACAAGAAGAAGAAGUAUGACACCAAAGUCCACAAAAAGACGCUGAACCCCACCUUCAACGAGACCUUCACUUUCAAGGUCCCCUACGAUGAACUGGGAGGAAAGACCUUGGUGAUGGCGAUCUACGACUUCGACCGCUUCUCAAAGCAUGACAUCAUCGGGGAGGUGAAGGUCCCCAUGAACACUGUGGAUCUGGGAAAGCCCAUUGAGGAGUGGAGAGACCUGGAGAGUGCGGAGAAAGAGGAGCCGGAGAAGCUGGGAGAUAUCUGCAUCUCUCUGCGUUACGUCCCCACGGCAGGGAAGCUCACUGUCUGCAUCCUGGAAGCCAAGAACCUGAAGAAGAUGGAUGUGGGCGGGCUCUCAGAUCCCUAUGUGAAGAUCCACCUCCUGGCGAACGGUAAGAGGCUGAAGAAGAAGAAGACGACGGUGAAGAAGAACACGCUGAAUCCCUACUACAACGAGUCCUUCAGCUUCGAGAUCCCCCUCGAGCAAAUACAGAAAAUCCAAGUGGUGGUCACAGUGCUGGAUUAUGAUAAGAUUGGCAAGAACGAUGCCAUCGGCAAGAUCUUAAUAGGCAUUAAUUCCAGGCACUUUUCCGACAUGCUGGCAAACCCGCGUCGACCCAUCGCACAGUGGCACCCGCUCCAACCCGAGGAAGAGAUAGACGCAGAACUGGCAAAAAAGAAGUAAAAAAAGGAGUGACAGAACAAACAAACAAACUAAUAAACUAACAGACACUGCAUGAAAUUACUGGAUUACCAAUACUAGAAAACAUGAUAAACGUUACAAACCAUUACAUAAAGCGCAGCAACUAUUGUAACUCCAGCAACAACUACCACAACGUGAUUUCUAAUAAUCGAAAACAGAUCUGAUUUAAACUAUAAACAAAUCAUGUAAGCUGGACGAGAUGGAUCUAUCAGUUCACUUCUAUACGUUUAAAAUGCACACAAGUUUCAGUUUUAAAUUGUUACGAUUGUUUUAUUUAAGGUUCUGGGAAGAAUUGAUAAAAGGUUGCAAUGUACGGCAUGCAUUUUCUAGGUAUAUUGGUAAAAUGACAUCUCUAACAUCCUGCAAAUGCAUCCUGCAUCUGCUGGGGGAACGUAUGAUAGUUUAUACUGUGAAUUAGUAUCAAAGGUAAGCAAUGCGGUAACAUAAACCCACGAUGCGAGACGGUUUAGUUCUUUCUUGGUUGUUAGUGGUCUUUACCAUCGCGACCUUUUUGGGGGUCAAAAUGAAAAGCAAGAGUUCUGAAAACGAACCCUUUAAAGAAACGAAUUUGAAGAAAAAACAUUUCUAGACAACGGUGGUUCGAUGUUUGUAACAAAGAGAAAAAAAAAACGCUUACGUUACUGAUAGAAAAUUGAUACAUUAUAAUCUAACAACAUGCUGUGCGCUUGAUGUGUGUGACCAUGAAGAAAAGUAAGACGCUAUUUUCAUGCAGCGAUAUUUUAAAAUCCAGAAAUAUAAUAUAAAAUUAAGUAAAACAAAAAAGUCAUGUAUCUUUGUGU